AAAUAUUUAAAUAUUUAUCUAUACCGUAUAAUUUAUAGGUAUGUUCUAAUUUGUAUUCCCGGAUAAAUUUGCAAGAUUUCACAAAUAAAUUAAGAUUUAAAUAAGGAAAUAGUCAGCCAAAAUUAAAAAUAAUCGUAUGCCCAAAAAACUAUCGGCAGCAUUAAGAGUUUUUCUACUAAAAGCAAAUACGAAAAUUUAGAAAUUUGUUUUGUAUUUGAUUUAAAUUUAUCUGUGUAGUACUAGUAAAUACGAUUAAGCGUGUAGUAGGUCAGGCUAUUUUUGUACUUUGUAAAGCGAAAUGAGUGCUGAACAAAAUUUGCAUUCGCCACGAGAGAAUGAUACAAAAAGAUUUGCACUUACCCCAGAACAGUUGUCCGAAUGGCACAAGCAAUUUUAUGAGAAACCUUUAAACUGCUUAGCCCAGAAUGUUUGUACUGGCCGUGAUCCCAUCAAGACGUGUCUUCAAUCCGAAGCCAAUUUGGCUGCAGGGACCCAAGUCACGAGAAGUCAGUGCCAUGAGGUCGGUGGAACUAUAGCGAAACCAACAACUGGAGGACCCAGUUGGAUAUGCACAGGAUUGGAUUUAUUACGCUUGGAAUUUGAUAAAAAGUUGGCUGCUGCGGAUUUGGAAUUCUCUGCAGGACAUUUGUUAUUUUGGCAUAAACUUGAACGUUGUAAUUAUUUUCUUCAUACGGUGGCGAAAUUUUUGGAACGCUGUGAGCCUCUGGAUGGACGCAAUUUUCGUUAUCUAAUGAAACAUCCGGUGCCCGAUGCUGGCAAUUGGCAUAUGUUUGUCAAUCUUGUCAAGAAAUAUGGUGUAAUGCCCAAGCAAUGUUAUCUGACGUGCGCCAGUGUGAGUUUGGUUCGAUUGAAUAGAAUACUGCAAAGUAAGCUUCGGGAAUAUGUCAGUUUAAUGCAUGCCCAGUUCACUUUUGAUGGCGAUGGAAGUAAUCUUCUGGGUUUCAUUGAUACAAAGCUUCCAGAGCUGUACAAGGUGAUCAAUAUAUGUCUGGGUGAACCUCCCGUCAAGUUUACUUACAUGUACUAUGAUCACAAGAAACGAUAUCAAUGUAUGGAAAAUCUCACUGCCUUGAGCUUCUAUCAGGCACUGAUUAUUAAGCCUGGUUUUGAAAUGGAUUCAUUCGUCUGUUUGGCUCAUGAUCCACGUCUCUCUUCGCCGUAUCAUAAGAAUUAUCACAUAGCCUGCAGUUCCAAUAUGGUUGAGGGCCUCAUGCAAAACUAUAAUAAUCAGCCAAUGGAUCAGUUAAUUGCAAUUAUCAUAGCAUCUUUGGCAGCUGGCAAGGCGGUGUGGUUAGCCUGUGAUCGGCAGAGUCGAUUUUAUGCCAAAGCAGAUGUCCUCAGUCUAGAGUCCCACAAUUUCGAGCAAGUUUUUGGCCUAAAAGUGCGCAGAGUUCUAGACAAAGCCGAGCGAAUGUUAUACCACGAGACGCGGCGGGAUGCAGCGUUACUACUUACAGCUUUCACCUUGGAUGCACUGCAUCAGCCCAUUGAUUUUCGCACCAUUAGCACUGCAGCAGCUGCAGGAACAUCUACAUCCCAGUUUAGCCUACAUGCUGAGGCGACGCCUGCGGGGGCUAAGGCUAAAAAGCCCAAAACCAAAGUUGCCAUAAUUCAAGCAAAUUGGCUGCGAGAAUAUGCUUUUGAGAUUGUUGUUUCCUCGAGCUUUGUUCCUCCCGCUGUGACGCACUGCAUCCAACAAGUAGAGAGCACAGAGUUACCCAGUUGGGAUGCAAUGGGUGCUCUUCUUGUUUAAAUUUUUAGCGAAAACUUUUCCUUGUUUGCAAACAGACGCGCCGCGCUUGAAGUGUUGGUAAACGUUUUUACCAACGGCUGGUCACACAUGCAAGAGCUAUCGAUAACUCAAUGAGCUGUUAAUAUUUGAAAAUUUGCAUUGCCAUUAUAUAAAUCCAUUGCCAUAAUAAAAACUUUAUUUGGUAUAAUA